CCCUGUCUUGUUAGUUUGCGAGGUGCUGGAACGUGAGGAGGCACUAGCUGGUUGUGUCCAGCCUCUUGGCUGUUUCUUGGAACUGUCUUUCUUUUUGGCAUCACAGACCUCCAGUCCUGAGAUAUGCUGCUAUCAGCAAUGCACACACUGCAGCUCUGCCCUGCUGUCAUAAACACGGCUCUGUGGAAGAUGUAGCCCAGCAGAGGGGCACUUCCAUGCAAGAUCCUGGGAAACUAAAGAGGAAAAACAAAGGGAGAAGCAUUAAAGAGCGGCGGAGUACGAAUACCUGUCUGGGAUGUCAGUGACGCUGCGCUUCGUCUCGCCAGUAGAGGGCGUUGCAGUCAGCAGGAGUCGCUCGUUCGCUGGUUUCAGCGCGAUGCACCGCAGGAGAGCGCAAUUCUACGCUGUGAGCAGCAGUUCAUUAAGGUCCAGGGUGCCCUCUGUGAAGUCCAUGAGGAUGUACCCUGCCUUUAGCAAGGCAGGCAGCAGCCCUGAGCCCCAGCCGCUUCAGGUGGAGAAGAUAUUCAGAGCUCUGAAGAAAGGCUUGAAUGAACAUCUGGAAGUACAACAGGCAGAGCUGCUCUUCCUGACUGCCCAGCAGAAAGACAGCAAGAGGAACUCAAGACUGGCUUUUCUGUAUGAUUUAGAAAAGCAAAUCCGAAUGGUGGAGCGCUACGUGAGGAGACUGGAAUUUCAGCUCAGUAAGGUGGAGGAACUCUACGAGUCGUACUGCAUCCAGUGGCGGCUGUGUGACGGCGCCCGGAACAUGAUGCAUGCUUUCUCCCAGUCGCCCUCCAGCAGAGCUUCCAGGGAGAGCCAGGUGGAGCUCAGCAGAAACCUCAGGGAGUGCAUGGAGGAAAUGUGGCUGAUGGAAGGAACACUUGAAAUACUCUUGGGAGAGCUUCGGAUAAGGAUGAAAGGGCUGGUUGGCUUUGCACGCCUGUGUCCGGGGGAUCAGUAUGAGGUUUUCAUCAGACUGGGUCGGCAGAGGUGGAAGAUAAAGGGGAAGAUCCAGAGCGACGACAGACAGACCUGGGACUCUGAGGAGAUGGUCUUCCUGCCCCACAUUCACGAGAGCUUCGACAUAAAGGUAACGGAGCUGAGAGGUCUGAGUACAGUUCUGGUAGGGGUGGUAACGUGUCAGGGUGCCAAUUUCUUCACGGCCAGACCACAGAUAAUGGUUUUGGACAUCACUGAACUGGGAACCAUCAAACUGCAGAUGGAGGUCUUAUGGGACCCCUUUCACACAAGAGAGGUGAACUCACCCAGCAGCCCCUCUGGCAGGCUCCCAGCCCCCAGCAGGAAGGGAUCCCUGUACAGCUGGACUCCUCCCAGCACUCCCAGCUUCCGAGAGAGGUAUUUCACUCAGUACCAGGACCCCAACAGCUCCUUCACUCUGCUGCCUCGGGACUCCAGGGCAGUGUCCGUAUUGAAUUACCUGGCAGAAUUACCACUCUCCCCCGUAUUCCCCUCAGACAAUGAGGGCUGGCAGGGGCCUAGAGACAGCCCUCCCUUCUCUGAUGACAGGUCGGACUCGCAGGUGAAGGGGGGGCACCUCUCCUCGGAGAUGGGAAGCAGCUACUGGUCUGAAGAGGAAAGCAAAUGUGAGAGGUACAGCACGCCGGACAUCCUGAGAGAGAACAGGCUGACAGGAGGCCCUCAUGCCAAUAGCGCCCCGGGGAACCUGCAUGGAGGAGACGCUGGCAGGAGGAGGAGUCUCACGACACGACUGACAUUUCAAGACAGAGCUCAGUGCGCCGGUCCCCUGAGGAGCACGUCCCGCAGGCUGGCAGAGCUGCUGCACGAGGUCACAGGAGACCUGCAGAACACGGGGAGGCAGGACAGGGAGCUCAAGAGGCUUGGAAAGCAAAUCCUGCUCUUUGGAGAUAUUUUAAAGAAUGAUCUCUACCUGCACAAAACCUCUUCAGUGGAAAUCCUGGCGGUGGAGGAGGAGGUGCUCGGCAGUUUCGAUUUCUUAUCCACUGAUUUCAAUGCUGACGAGCUGUCCUGCCUGGGCAGUCUGAGAGUCGGUUCAUUCCAAGAAGGCACCCUUCCAAACCUGGGGACGUUACCACAGGGCACAAGUGUGACAGAGAGAGUCCCGCUAACCACAGGGGACAGCAGCUUAGACCUGUCACUUGUCAUUCACCUGUGCAUGUGCAAGCUGCUUCUGCAGCUCCUGAGCUGCUCAGACUCCUCUGUGGUUCAGAGCGCUCUAUUAGAAGAGCUUUCUUUGCAAGCUGACGUCUUAGAGAAAAUAAGCAAACUAUCACUGGAGAAGUCUGCAAAUGAAUAUUCAGCAAGGGACAUUGUUCCAAAGUGUCAGAGGUUAAAAUCACUCCUCUCAUUGUGGGACGAAUGCACAGAAAGUGAGACAGUGUUCCACUGCUCCACAGAGAAGAUACUGAAGCAACUGAGGAAACGAUUCAUUCAUAAAGUGAAAGCGAAGCAGCCGGGCCAAGCAGAUACAGUGUUCAGAAGGCUUCUGGAGCAGAUACUGUCCUGCUGCAGACUGGUCCCUCCCCCCAGCGUGUCUGAGGGAGUGCGAUCGGUCCCUCCCCCCAGCGUGUCUGAGGGAGUGCGAUCGGUCCCUCCCCCCAGCGUGUCUGAGGGAGUGGGAUCGGUCCCUCCCCACAGUGUGUCUGAGGGAGUGGGAUUGGUCCCUCCCCCCAGCAUAUCUGAGGGAGUGCGAUCGGUCCCUCCCCCCAGCGUGUUUGAGGGAGUGCUGUCAGUCUUCCAGUUCUUCAACUACCUGCAGAAAUGCAGCAUCACUGACUUCGGGGAACACCUCACCCAGCUCUCCAAAGAAGUGCAGCUCAUCGAGGCACUGUCGUGUCCCAAGAGGAGGAGAGCUCUGAAGAGACUGAAGGGGAAGCGCCUGUCACAGCUGCAGCCGCUGCCCCAGACCCUGCAGCUCCUCGCCAUGCUGCAGACCGACGAGAACCACAAGGUGUGCAGGGGAGCAGCGGCCUGUUUGUGCAGAGCAGCUGCAGCCAAGAGCUUCAGAGCAAAGGCUAUCGUGUAUUACACAGCCGCCCUGAGGGACAGUGAUGUGCCGUUUCAACAAGCAGCCUGCAUGGCUCUCAAGUGUCUUAAAGCAGUGGAAAGCAUUGAGCAGAUUACAGAACUCUGGCGCUCCAGAGAUGAGGAUCUGCGCAACGCUGCGAGAGAAGCUGUGCUUUCAUUUGGUAAAAAGGGCCAUAUUGCUUUCCUGAAGAUUGACAAAAUCUGUUGUGAGCUGCAAGAGGAGGCUUUCCAGAACAAGGACACUGAAAUCACUAUCCUCUGACCAGUCACUGUCCCCUGAGUGAAUCCAUGCAGCCUGGUCAGAAAUCACUCUCCACUGAGUGAAUCCAUACAGCCUGGUCAGAAAUCACUCUCCCCUGAGUGAAUACAUACAGCCUGGUCAAAAAUCACUCUCCCCUGAGUGAAUCCAUACAGCCUGGUCAGAAUGAAGAGGAUCCUGAAAGCUGAAACAAACAGACAUUUCAAAUUUUCUAAUGAGUGUAAAAUAUUGUAUCUAUUUUUCAGAAUAUAUUUUAUAACAAUGUUU